ACAACAAUAAAUUAAAAAUAGAACGCACGCAAACCAGAAUACCAUCUGCCGUAUAUCGUUGGCCACUAACCCACACGGCUGAACUCGCUAACACGUUUCCGAUCUAAUCAGAGACUCAACUAACAAUAGAGAACAGGGAUGGAGAGCUACUUGAACGAGAACUUUGGAGAUGUGAAGGCGAAGAACUCAUCAGAAGAGGCGCUACAGAGAUGGAGGAAGCUCUGUGGAUUUGUGAAAAAUCGGAAACGAAGGUUCCGUUUCACUGCUAAUCUUUCUAAGAGAUUUGAGGCUGAAGCUAUUCGUCGCUCAAAUCAGGAGAAGUUUAGAGUUGCAGUUUUGGUUUCACAAGCUGCACUUCAGUUAAUCAAUGGUCUAAGUUUGUCCAGUGAAUACACUGUGCCUGAGGAAGUAGAGGCAGCAGGCUUUCAAAUAUGUCCUGAUGAGUUGGGAUCCAUUGUAGAAGGCCAUGACAUCAAGAAGUUCACAAUUCAUGGUGGAGCCGAGGGUAUUGCAGAGAAGCUCUCCACAUCAAUCUCUGAUGGUAUUUCUACGGCUGAGCAAUUGUUGAAUAAGAGGAAAGAAAUUUAUGGAGUUAAUAAAUUCACCGAAAGGCCAGCUCGAGGAUUUUGGCUUUUUGUCUGGGAAGCCCUCCAGGAUAUGACCCUCAUGAUACUUGCUGUUUGUGCGGUUGUCUCACUGGUUGUUGGCAUAAUAAUGGAGGGAUGGCCUAAGGGUGCCCAUGAUGGGCUUGGGAUUGUUGCAAGCAUUCUGCUUGUCGUGUUUGUUACUGCCACAAGUGAUUAUAAGCAAUCUCUGCAGUUCAAAGAUUUGGACAAGGAGAAGCAAAAAAUAACUGUGCAGGUCACCAGAAAUGGGUUCAGGCAGAAGAUCUCAAUAUAUGAUUUGCUUCCUGGAGACAUUGUUCAUCUUUCCAUUGGAGACCAGGUCCCUGCUGAUGGGCUUUUUAUUUCAGGGUUUUCUGUGCUGAUUAAUGAAUCCAGUUUAACAGGUGAGAGUGAACCAAUUAGUGUGAAUGCAUUAAAUCCUUUUCUUCUCUCUGGAACCAAAGUUCAGGAUGGUUCGUGCAAGAUGCUUGUUACUACGGUUGGGAUGAGAACCCAAUGGGGGAAACUGAUCGCUACUCUUAGUGAAGGAGGAGAUGAUGAGACCCCAUUGCAGGUUAAACUUAAUGGGGUGGCAACCAUCAUUGGGAAAAUUGGCCUCUUUUUCGCUGUUGUGACUUUUGCUGUUCUGGUGCAAGGAUUAUUUAGCCACAAGCUGCAAGAAGGAACACACUGGACCUGGUCUGGAGAUGAUGCAAUGGAAAUAUUGGAAUAUUUUGCUGUUGCUGUUACGAUAGUUGUGGUUGCUGUUCCCGAGGGACUCCCAUUGGCUGUCACAUUGAGCCUUGCUUUUGCCAUGAAAAAGAUGAUGAAUGAGAAGGCUCUUGUCCGCAAUCUGGCUGCUUGUGAGACAAUGGGAUCAGCUACAAGUAUCUGUAGCGACAAGACUGGUACGCUAACUACUAAUCACAUGGCUGUUGUGAAAGCAUGCAUUUGUGAGGAGAUCAAGGAGGUAAGCAACUCUAAGGAGACUCUUGGCUCUUCUAUUCCUGCUUCGGCUUUGAAAAUUCUACUUCAAUCAAUAUUUAACAACACUGGUGGAGAAGUUGUUAAAGGAGAAGGCAACAAAACUGAGAUACUGGGGACGCCCACUGAAACUGCUAUUUUGGAAUUUGGCUUGUUGCUUGGGGGAGAUUCCCAAGCAGAACGACAAGCAUCAAAAAUUGUGAAAGUUGAACCUUUCAACUCUGUGAAGAAGCAAAUGGGAGUAGUUAUAGAGCUCCCUGAAAGAGGAUACAGGGCACAUUGUAAGGGUGCUUCUGAAAUAAUAUUAGCUGCAUGUGACAAGUUUUUAAACUGUAAUGGUGAGAUUGUACCGCUGGAUGAAGCAGCCGUCAAUUAUCUAAAGAAUACUAUUGACCAAUUUGCUAAUGAAGCUCUGCGAACUCUAUGCCUUGCUUUCGUGGAAAUUGGAGAUGAAUUCUCUGCUGAAGAUCCUAUUCCCACUAAUUGUUACACUUGUAUUGGCGUUGUGGGUAUCAAAGAUCCUGUGCGACCUGGUGUUAAGGAAUCUGUUGCAAUCUGUAGGUCAGCUGGCAUUACUGUUCGGAUGGUCACAGGAGACAACAUAAAUACUGCAAAGGCUAUUGCUAGGGAAUGUGGAAUUUUAACUGAUGACGGAAUUGCAAUUGAAGGCUCAGAAUUCCGGGAGAAAAAUGAUGAGGAAUUGAGUGCACUUAUUCCAAAAAUCCAGGUCAUGGCUCGAUCUUCACCAAUGGACAAGCAUACCCUUGUGAAACACCUAAAAACCACUUUAAAAGAAGUUGUUGCGGCAACUGGUGAUGGUACAAAUGAUGCUCCAGCACUUCAUGAAGCAGAUAUUGGGCUAGCAAUGGGCAUUGCUGGAACAGAGGUGGCAAAAGAGAGUGCUGAUGUUAUAAUAUUGGAUGAUAACUUCUCUACAAUUGUGACUGUGGCCAAAUGGGGACGUUCAGUUUAUAUUAAUAUUCAGAAGUUUGUUCAGUUUCAGUUGACUGUCAAUGUGGUUGCCCUAAUUGUUAACUUUUCUUCUGCAUGUUUGACAGGAAAUGCUCCCCUUACUGCUGUUCAGCUUCUAUGGGUCAACAUGAUCAUGGAUACUCUAGGAGCACUGGCUUUGGCUACAGAGCCUCCUAAUGAUGACCUGAUGAAGAGAUCACCGGUUGGUAGGAAAGGGAACUUCAUCAGUAAUAUAAUGUGGAGAAAUAUUUUGGGGCAGUCUUUAUACCAAUUUUUGGUGGUAUGGUAUCUUCAGACAAGAGGAGAAGCAGUUUUUCAUCUUGAUGGCCCAGAUUCAAAGUUGAUAUUAAACACGCUUAUUUUCAACACUUUUGUGUUUUGUCAGGUUUUCAAUGAGAUCAGCUCCAGAGAGAUGGAAAAGAUAAACGUCUUCAAGGGCAUACUGAAGAACUAUGUAUUUGUGGCUGUUCUCACUUGCACUGUGUUCUUUCAAAUAGUAAUCAUCGAGUUUCUGGGUACAUUUGCCAAUACAUAUCCUCUCAAUUUGCAGCAGUGGUUUGUUAGUGUGCUUCUUGGAUUUCUUGGAAUGCCAAUUGCAGCUAUUUUGAAGUUGAUCCCUGUGGGAUCAAACUGAGAUAAUACAAACCAACAGGGGUAUUAUUCUAACCAAUUUGUCAACAAUCUUAUUUGUGAAUUAAGUUUCUUUCAUUCCCCCUAAAAGAAAAGAAAAGCAAAUGAUUUUUUUUUAUCUUCCUUCCCCAGAUUAUACACUAGUAUUAUUGCUGGGGCUGACACAGGUUUUUUACAAGUCAAAGGUUAAACUUGCUCUGAAACUUCUGACCAAUGAGCUUUGUAAAAUUAUUUCAGUUUGGCUUUCGAGCCUUCUGUUUGAUCAUAGAAUUUGUACUCAAUAUGCGCAUCGGAUUUUCUUUUGUCUGAA